UGAAAUACGAGCAGCUCCCGUUCAGCUCCUCGCAAAGCAACAAACGCGCUUUCAGCGACAGGAAGAGUAACGAGACAGCUUGAGCAAGACUUGAACAUGCAGUUUUGUCAGCUCAGCCGUGGCUAAAGUUACGAGUUUGUGGAUAAGACAAUUUAAAAAGAAGAAAAAAAAAACAUUCCCGAGGCAUCCUGAUUUUCCUCCUCAGAUUUUUCCACAACAGAGCAGAGCAACUGUCCCGGACUGUCCACAGCACUCUGUAUACGAGAGGUGACGAGAAGAAUGACGAGUUCCUGAGAUGCUCAACGGACUCGUACAUGAUUUUCUAAGGCCUCCAGAAGCUGAAGACGGGGUGUCAGUGACAGCACGAGUGACCUCUCUGAGCUGCCACCAUGGCCCUGGUUCAGCCUCUACCUGUAUCUGCUGAGCCCCACACCCCAGGCCUGAGUGGAGGAGCUCGCAGACGACACCCUUCUGCCCCUUCCCCCCCCAUCAACGCGCCACUGGCCACUCUGGAUCCUAUGGGUUCUGUCGGUAGCCUCAUCACCACCCACCCUGGUCCCUACCAGGACCAUCGCCCAAUUGUUGAGCUGGGAGCCAGAGUUCGACGGCCCACACCAGGAGUUUCCCGCGUGGACUCCGAGUCGCCCCAACAGGAUCUGUUACUGCAAAGCAUUCCCCCAGUCAAGAAACAGAACUCCACGAUGUCCAGCAGAGGGCUGGAGAAGGAGACUGGGAACGGGAACUACACAUAUCUGAAUGAGGACUACAUAGGUGACUGGAAUGACAGUCAUGUGACACCUGGCAGCCCAGGAAGUGAAGUAGACGAGAUUAAAGAAGGAUUAAAUGGAAAUAUUGGAGGACCUCCUCCUAAACUGAUCCCAGUGUCAGGAAAACUUGAGAAGAAUAUGGAGAAAACAGUGCUGCGGCCCACUGCCUUCAAACCCGUCAUUCCCAAGAGCCGCUCCUCGAUGCAGUAUCUCUCGCCUCGCCAUUGUGCCAAUGCGCCAGAAAGCCAAAACAACCUGAACCUGCUCAGCCCCACCCACAGAGAUGUGUCGCCCUCCUGCUCUGAGAAGCGUAGCUCCUAUAGUGGUGGGCGUAACGCCGCUGGUGGUAACAGCCAGUCUUGCUCAUUAUCAGACUCUGGACGCAAUUCCCUCUCUAGCCUGCCGCCUUACAGUGCUGCCAGCUACAACCUGCCGUCGGGGGAGGCUUCCGCUGGCCACCUAGAGCCCAUGAAGAGCGCCCCGCCAGUGACUGUACAUGGACACUCCAACUCAGACAGCGGGCGAUCCUCCUCCAGUAAGAGCACAGGCUCUGGGUCGAUAAGUGGGCGGGGGCAGCCUCUGUCUGACAGUGGGUCUGGUGGGCGUUCUCCUGGCCCUGUGGAAGGCUAUGAGGGGGUGGUAAGGGAUCUAGAGGACAAACUGAGGGAGAGAGAGCUGGAGCUGCAGCAACUCAGAGACAAUCUGGAUGAGAAUGAAGCUGCAAUAUGUCAGGUUUAUGAGGAGAAGCAGAAGCGCUUUGAGCUGGAACUGGAGGAGCUGAGGCAGGGCUGUGCCACCAGGAUGCAGGUCGCCUCUCAGAAAGCCCAGCGUGCACAGCAGGUGCUUCAGCUGCAGGUUUUCCAGCUCCAGCAGGAGAAGAAGAAACUGCAGGAGGACUUUGCUCAGCUUCUGAAGGAGAGGGAGCAGCUUGAGGAGCGCUGCACCUCGUAUGAGCAUGAGAAAAUCCAGCUGGGCCCUCGACUCGAGGAGACCAAGUGGGAGGUCUGUCAGAAGUCUGGGGAAAUCUCGUUGCUGAAGCAGCAGUUGAAGGAAGUGCAGAGUGAGUUAGCUCAGCGUGUGGGGGAGAUCGUCUCACUGCGGGGUCAACUCAGGGAGACUCGUGGCGAGCUGACCAACACCCAGGUGCUGCUCCAGGAGGCCCACGGCACCAUCCGAACUCGAACACUGGAGCUGGAGGUGUGUGAAAAUGAGCUUCAGCGUCGCAAGAGCGAAGCAGAGCUACUCAGAGAAAAGGUAGGACGCCUGGAGGGGGAAAUGGCUCAUCUCCGAGAUGCUCUGGUCAAUCAAGGCCCGGGAAACAGACAGUGUCAGGUGUUUCAGGAAGCCGAGGAGCAGCUGCUCGCCUACGAGAGCGACGAAGCGAAGGCUCAGCGGCAGAGCAACACCGAGGCGCUGCAGAGCAUGAAGGUGCAGAUGGACAGGAUGAGAUCCGAGUUAGCUUUUGAGCGUCAAAAAGCUGAGCAGCAACUGGGAAGCUUUGAGGAGGAGCGCAAGAUAUGGCAGGAGGAAAAGGACAAAGUAAUUCGCUACCAGAAGCAGCUGCAGCAGAACUAUGUGCAGAUGUAUCGCAGGAACCGAGAGCUGGAGCAGCUCCUGCAGGAGCUCAGUUUGGAACUGGAAAGUAGAGAUGAUGAUGAGGGCAGCGGCAAUGAGAUCAACUUUGAUGAAAUUGCCGCAACAGAAAUUUGACCCUCGUAUCUGUCCUUUGAUUGUGUUUGUUCUUUUUUUUUUUAAUUUUGCACUACUGUCAGCUAAUUGUCUUUCCUCCUUCAUGUUCAGACAAGCAUAAAAGUACUUAAAAUGUAAAAAGAAGUGGUGUUUCACACCUGCACCGCUUGAUUUCUGCUUCAUUGGUCUGGUCUACAAGUCUCACUUUAAAGCCACUGACCUUUAAUUAGUUGUUAGCCCUCCACCUCAAUCCUUUGCCCUUCUAUUAAUGUCUGUUAGUAUUAACACCGACCAGAUAUAAGCAUACGAGCCCUGGUCCUCUCACGCUUUUCAAAGUUCGUGGGAGAUUUUGUUUGUGGGUGACUCACUUCUCUCAUUCUCUCAACCUUUCGCUAUCCUCCCCCUGUGUUGGUUAUGACUCCACCUUCCCUGCUGGCUUUAGCACUCCCACUCUGUGUUAGUAGUCAGCUCUCGUUAGUGCAGUUCAUUUAGACGGAGCCCACGCUUUCGUCAGUGAUUGUGGGAUACCACACAAUCAGGAUGUCAUGAUAAGAGUGAGUGAAUCAGAGCCUGGUGCUAAUCGCUGACAGGUCUAUCUUGUUGUUUUCCUCAGAACUAGUCAAGCUUUUAUGCUAACUGUUCAUGACCAACAAGUAAACUGUUGAUCGUUCUCUACUUAUUUUCACUGUAGCAACAAAAAACAAAACCCUAGUUUUUUUGUUGCCCAAAUAUGUUGUUUCUGGACAUGUAAUGAUCUUGGAAAACAAACUUAAGGCUUCUUAAAAAUGCACUCUGAUAGUUUGGAAAUACAAAGUGGACUAUUAGUCUUUAUUUAUUUUAUUUUAUUUUUUCACAUUUAUACUAUUACAAG